AUGGACCCUUACGGAACGGAAACAGUUGUCGAUGAUGAAAACCACCAAGUGAAACCAUCCGAUAACGUUGAGGACGAUGACGACAAAUCUCAGCAUCACUCUGGUGGUGGCGUCGAUAGUGCUGGAAAGAUAUUUGUUGGAGGUUUAGCCAGGGAGACAACUUCAGCUGAGUUCGUCAAGCAUUUUGGCAAGUAUGGUGAGAUCACAGACUCUGUGAUUAUGAAGGACAGAAAAACUGGACAGCCUCGUGGAUUCGGGUUUGUGACUUACGCUGAUUCCUCUGUUGUCGACAAAGUUAUGGAGGAGAAUCACAUCCUCAACGGCAAGCAGGUCGAAAUCAAGCGGACGAUACCGAGAGGGACUAUGACGUCCAAUGAUGUCAUCAAAACAAAGAAGAUAUUUGUUGGCGGCAUUCCUUCUUCUGUUGAUGAUGAUGAGUUCAAGGAGUUUUUCAAGCAGUUUGGAGAGCUGAAAGAGCACCAGAUUAUGCGUGAUCACUCAACUGGAAGGUCACGUGGGUUUGGGUUUGUUACAUAUGAAAGUGAAGAGAUGGUUGACCUUCUCUUGGCUAAAGGGAACAGAAUUGAGCUCUCUGGGACUCAGGUAGAGAUAAAGAAGGCAGAGCCGAAGAAGCCGAACUCGGUUACUACACCGUCAAAGAGGUUCGGUGACUCACGGUCUAACUUUGGUGGAGGUUAUGGAGAUGGUUAUGGAGGAGGGCACGGUGGUGGAUAUGGUGGUGGGGGAUAUGGAGGUGGGAGGUCUGGUGGUUAUGGUGGAGGGUACGGAGGAGAGUUUGGCGGGUAUGGAGGUGGUGGGUAUGGUGGUGGUGUUGGACCUUACAGAGGAGAGCCUCCACUUGGAUACUCUGGUCGUUAUGGAGGAGGAGGUGGCGGUUACAACAGAGGAGGGUAUGGGAUGGGAGGUGGUGGGUAUGGUGGUGGACCUGGUGAUAUGUAUGGUGGACCGUACGGUGAGCCGGGAGGUGGUUACGGUGGACCGAGUGGCGGUUACGGAGGAGGGUAUGGUGGUGGAGCUGGUGUUGGUGGGUAUGGUGGUGCUGGUGGAGGAGGAUAUAGAGGUGGUGGUGGUGGCUAUGACAUGGGUGGUCUUGGAGGUGGUUACGGUGCUGGUGGUGGUAGCGGCGGAAGUGGAGGAGGUUCGUUUUAUGGUGGAGGAGGAGGAAGUAGAGGUGGAUAUGGUGGUGGUUCUGGUCGGUACCAUCCUUAUGGAAGGUAG